AUGUCACUGCACUCCUCACAUUCCCCCUCCCUCCUUACCAUCUAAUUAAAUUAAUGGAGGGGGGCAAUAUGGUAACCACCAGUGAUUAAGCCUUACCUGACACCUCUGAUCAAAAAAAACUACACUGGCUUUGGGUAUUUCUGUAGAAGAUCCUUGUUGCUAACUUCUUCGGCUUCUUCUGCCUUCUUUUAGACAUGAACAGUGGAAGCUGAACUUAGACACGAAACGUAGACAUCUCACUACUGCACAUACACCUGCAGGAGCACUGCCCCAGGUAUCAGGCUCUGAAAACAUUUAAGAAGAAUGGAGAUUCUUAUCAAAUUAUCAGUUAUAGCCUUACUAUGUGGAACAAGAGUUCUUUGCCAGUAUGAGAACUACGAUUAUGAUACAGACUAUGGCCCAGAACCUAAUGUGCAAUAUCCACCGAUUCACGUCCCACAUAAUGUAGACUACAGUGAUCCACAAAUAAUUUACACAAAUGACUGUGCUAGAGAAUGUUUCUGUCCGCCUGCCCCUCUGCUAGUUAUGUAUUGUGACAAUCGAAAGCUUAAGAAUAUUCCCCAAAUUCCUUCUCGUAUUCAACACCUUUACCUUCAGUUCAACGAUAUUGAAGCUGUGAUGAUGAAAUCUUUCAUUAAUGCUACUUCCUUGAAGGAAAUUAAUUUGAGUCAUAACAAAAUUAAAUCAAACAAGAUUGAAGUUGGUGCAUUUGCAAAGCUACGCAAUCUGGAGCAAAUCUUUAUUGAUCACAAUGAUUUAGUGGAGAUUCCACCCGAUCUUCCCAGUUCGGUAGAGAGACUGAAUUUUGCUUUUAACAAGAUUGCCAGAUUAAAUGAUCGUGAUCUGCAGGGAUUAGUAAAGCUAACGAUGCUUGAUCUUUGCAAUAACCACAUUGAUAGUGUCAAGUCAAAGACUUUGAACAAACUUGCGAGACUUAUGCAACUAAACAUGUGCAACAACAAAUUACAUUCCAUGCCUGCAAGUCUUCCAACAUCUCUCAUGUACUUAUCAAUUGAGAACAAUUCAAUUUCCAACAUUCCUGAUGAUUACUUUACAAAGCUUCCAAAUCUACUAGCAAUUCGUAUGUCACACAACAACCUAGAAGAAAUCCCUACAAAAAUAUUUAACCUUCCAAAUCUUGUGGAAUUAAACCUGGGUCAUAACAAGCUGCAACAAGCUUUCUUCAUCCCAAGAUCACUCCAGCACUUGUACAUUCAGGACAACGAGCUGGAAAGUUUAAAUAUGACAAUAAUGUGUCCAAAAAUUGAUCACUUCAACACAAAUCACCUAACAUACCUCCGCGUGGAUCAAAACAAGUUACAGGCUCCAAUAAGCACUUUGGCCUACCUUUGUUUCCCUAACAUGCAACGCAUUUAUUAUGGUGAACAGAAAUAUGCUGAAGGUGAAAUCCCAAAGGUACAAGAGCCGAUGCUUACACAUCCCACAGUGUCAGAAGAAGAAGAGGAAGAUGAGAGAGAAGGCAUUGCUGAUUAUCGUCAUGAAGAAUAUGAAAUAGAAGAUCACUUUAAUGAUUAUUAUAAUUAAUUCUUUGGAUAAUAAAAGCUCCAGUGACAAAACACAUACAAAAUACCUAAAUAAUAUUUUAAUAUGUUAAUUAGGGGAGGAUAAAUUGUCACUAGAACUAUAUAAAGAUUAUGUGAAAACAAUGGCUGUGAAUCAGAAAAGUUGCAUUUUUGCUAACAACAAAUAUAUUUGCAACCAAAAAACUGAUUUUUCAAAAAGACGCUCCAAUAAAAAUUAGGAGUUUGGCAGAAAAACUUUUCUUAAUGCAAGGAAUAGCUGGUAUUUCAAUGAAAAUGAAUCAAUUUAAUCUUUGUUGUUGCUGAUCUUAAAGACUGCUACAAAAAAUUAAUUUGUGCAGUUAACAGUUAAGUAAUAUGUCAAACCAUAAUAAUAACUGUUAUACAUUAAAACCCUGAAGUUUCAUUUCCCAGAGAACAGCCUCAAAAUUCCAGGAAAAAGUCAAAUCAGGGUAUGUAAAGUCAGGGUUCUACUGUACAUAUAUGCUAAAGGUCUUUUAGAGAAAGCUCUUGCAUUACUCAUUGUUUUGAGAUAAAAAAAUAGCAUUUAUAAUUGCCACUUUACACAACAUUUAAUAAACUGUGGCAUAAAGUAUAGAAUAUCAGCUUUAUUUUUAUUUCUUACCCAGUUUAAGAUUACAAUUUUGUGCAUUUCGCUGCUAAAUAACAUGACAGAAUCAUUGAUAGUGAAACCUAGCUGUAACCAUAUUCCAUAUACAUUGUGGUAAAUUUUCAAGAUAAUACACAGUGUGAAAGUUGUUAGCAUAUUUAAUCCCACUGUCAGAAUAAAAAAGUGUGGCUAUUUGUUUCCCACUGACCAAUUAAUAUAGGUGAGAAAAUAAAUGAAAUUGUAUGAGAGAUUCAGUUAACCUUAUAAUGCUAUUUGUAAUUACCUGGAAUCCCAGGCUGAGAAGAUGAGAGGCUUUAAUGAUCAAUACAACGUUGUACAGUUUCCUCUUUCUUAUUUUGCUGUUAAUGCCCUCUAACAUAUAUACAUGCAACUUCAAAUAGAAACUAUAGUACAAGUAUUGAGACUUGCAACUUCGUUUUUUUUAUAUAACCCAUCCCCCCCCCCUUUUUUUUUUUUUAAACCAUCCUUUCAUUUUCAUUUUAUAAACUAAUUUUAUAAACUACUGCUUUCAUGAGUAACAAUAAGACAUCACACAAAAGGGCAGGUUUCUUUUUUUAUUUUUUUUUACACAUCUCUAUGUUCAGGCAUUGUUUGUAUGCUUUAAAUAUAUCAAUAAAAACUAUUGUCUAAAA